AUGCCGACCUCCAGGCUCCCCGCGUCCGCCUACGACGCGCUCGGGCUUCCAGAAGAGACGGUGAAGAUUGCGACAACCCCUAAGCCCAGCGCAUCGCCCGCGCAGAUCGCGUCGCCAAACCUACUGCAGAAUACGCAAGAGCCCGAGCAGCGCCUUGCGAUGAACGACACCUCGAUUACGCUCUAUGCGGAGCUGCUUCUACAUAUCCGGACAGUCACCUUGUUCGCGUCGCUACAUACAGUACACACGCGGCAGACAAAGGCGAAGCUGGCCAGCGAUGGCUGCGCCAUCACUGUUAGUCACGAAGGCGCGUCAGCUACAAUAAAGCUUCCCAUACAAGUAGAAGGAGGAGGCGACGCCGCUCUUUCACUACCAGCCAAUCCUCCGAGCAAGGAUCUGACUCUGCGACUCCAGAUCGAGGAGAAAGAAGGCUCUAAUAUGCUUGGGACACUACUAUCGGAAGACCGCAAAGCCAACAUCGUGCCGUGGGAUGGCGCGUCGCUCAACGACGCGACAGAUGUGACCAUUCAUUGCAAGAGCUGCAAAGAGGUGAUCGUCCCGGCAGGUGCGGUGCGCGAGUGGAGGGACCUGCCCAACGAGAACUGGGCAGAGAUGAUGGACUUCUGGCAUUGCCACAAGCCGGAUGAACACCAUUUGCACGAUCACGCAACCGAGGAGGCGAUCGGGAACAAAGGCUACGCUGCUGGUAACCGGCUGCAAGCCACGAGAGGUAUAGGAUUCGUAGAUCUGGCGAGCUUCUUGUUCAAAGACGAGGAUUGCACAGGUGUCGAGACAUCAGAGACCUCUCUCCAGUGCACCAAUUGCAAGCACAUCCUCGGCACCCCCGACACCACCUCCUCCGGCCACCGCAUCUGGAAAUGGUGCAUCGCCAUCACCUCUCCUCCCACCCCAAUCACUUCCCAUCCUCCCCAAAAAUGGAUAUCCGCCCGCCUCCUCUACCUCAUCGAAAACCAAAACGUCCGCCGCUUCCACGUCCACCCUCCCACUCCGUCUUCCUCUUCCUCUUCUCCAUCCUCCGAACCGGUAGCAGCCCUCCUCCUCUGGGUCUUCACACCCGACCUUUUCUUCUCCUCGUCUAUCAACUCGCGCGAGCCUACCCGCGCGAUGAAGGUGUUUUGGAAGCGAGAGACGUGGGCGCCUGCACAGCCAGGCGAAGUAGAGAAGGCGGAUGAGGAAGAGGUGGAGUUCCCAGAUGAACUCUUUGAGGAGUUGAGAAGGGGGUUGGAGGCGAGUCAGGGGUUGAUUCCGGCGAGUGCGAGGAAGUUUCAAGGGUGGGAGGUGGGGUUGGUGGAGAGGUUUGAUGUUGGGGAUGUGAAGCGGGAGGAGGCGGUUGGAGAUGGGAAGGGGCCAGACGGUCCUGUUGGGGAUGGUGGUAAGGUAUCGUCUGCGAGAAGAGUGUGGAAUGAGAUGGUCGGAUAG